UGGUAGAGUGCUUGCUAGGCCCUGGGUUCAGUCCUCAGCGCCAGAAAAAAGAAAAAAAAGCCAAAGUAUUACCUACAGAAGUAAAGUCCUACUGAAAAUGCUGGAUGGGCUAUUUUCUACUCAGAUGGUAUAAUUCUACAUCAAAUGAAUCAUUCCAAUUUGUGCUUGAAUUCUGCUAGAGAAAUGCUGAGAAUGUGGAUCCAUAUUAGUGUUGGAGUUCUUGUUUGAUUCUAGUGCUAACCAACCUUACAGUAUCUAAAGUUGAAUUUGAAUCUAGAAUUUGCUGCCCCGGUGUCAGACACAGUGGGCACUCUCUUUCAUUGGCCUUGGGCCUUACUAGCUACUGGUAAAGAAUACUCACUUAGGUAGGACUAACAAGCCCCUAACUUGACCAAGAUGCAGUGUUCUUUAUCAAGUGUACACCCGAAUUAGACUGCCUAAUGAAAAUAAGGAAAUACACAAGAUAGUGUUCAUGUCCUAACCACAGGGUAGUCUGAAUAUAAAGAUGUGAUUUUGUAUUUUUUUAAGUUGGUUAUUGGUUUUGAUAUUAAAUCUGCCUAAACUUAAGAAUUUACAAGUUCUUGUUAUGGAUGACUGGAUCAGAAACCAGAAGCAACCACUAGUAUUUAAAUACGGUUGCUGUUCUGUGCACAGCUCUAAAUCCUGGUCGUUUAUCUUAAGCAUUCUUCUCCAUCUCCUACACACACACACACACACACACACACACACACACACACACACACACACGCCAGGGAAGGGGUAGAUUGUGCUGCAUUAGUGAUUAUGUAGACAUUAACUCUAUAAGAUUCAAUAAAGCAGAAGAAAUAGAAAUAUGUAUUAAAUUAUUUUAUAGAUUUAUAUGAAGAUUCUAUAUAAAUAUACAUUACAAAAGCUUACAAGUGAGUGGGUUUUCUUUAUUAACUUGGGUUUUUUCUCACGUUGAUUACAUAGUUAUGUGGUACAUAGUGCGUACACUGUUUACUUUGGGCAUGUUGAUAGCGCAACUCUUUAAGUACUCAAAUUCCAUCAUAUUUGAGUGAAAUGUAAGGUUUUUGGCAUUCUUCAAAUAUUCAAAGUGGAAUUAUCACAGGGUAUACAUUUCUUCAUCUCACUGUCAAAUUUAGCUUACUAUUGCAACGAAUAGUAAAAGAAAUUUGAAUCUAAUUGAACAUAAAAUUAUUAAUUUUCUGUAAGUUACUAUUAACGAUCUAUAUGAAAACGAACUUCCAGUUAGGAACUGCAGUUUACUAAGAACUGUUUUCACCGUAUCACUGAUGCACUUGAACUGAUGGUGUCUGAUUUGUAUGUCACUGUUCUCUAUUUUAGGUGUGGAAAUAUUAACAACACAAGUGUUUGCCUGGGGCUCUGUGAAACAAAUGCUAAGAAGACACAUAAAGAAGAUCCCUAGCAGCCAUUUCUCAACAAUUAUAUAGUCAACUGAUGUAACAAUGGUACUAAUAUUGGGACGCAGACUAAACAGAGAGGAUCUUGGGGUGCGUGAUUCCCCAGCAACUAAGCGCAAAGUUUUUGAAAUGGACCCCAAAUCUCUGACAGGUCAUGAGUAUUUUGACUUCUCUUCAGGAUCAUCCCAUGCUGAAAACAUCCUCCAGAUAUUUAAUGAGUUCCGAGACAGCCGCUUAUUCACAGAUGUCAUCAUCUGUGUGGAAGGGAAAGAGUUUCCUUGUCAUCGAGCUGUCCUCUCAGCCUGUAGCAGCUACUUCAGAGCCAUGUUCUGUAAUGACCACAGGGAGAGCCGAGAAAUGCUGGUUGAGAUCAACGGCAUUUUAGCUGAAGCUAUGGAAUGUUUCUUGCAGUAUGUAUAUACUGGGAAGGUGAAGAUCACAACCGAGAAUGUCCAGUACCUCUUUGAAACCUCCAGCCUCUUUCAGAUUAGUGUGCUCCGGGAUGCGUGUGCCAAGUUCUUAGAGGAGCAGCUUGAUCCUUGCAAUUGCCUAGGAAUCCAGCGCUUCGCUGACACCCACUCACUCAAAACACUCUUCACAAAAUGCAAGACCUUUGCGUUACAGACUUUUGAGGAUGUGUCCCAGCAUGAAGAGUUUCUUGAGCUUGACAAAGAUGAACUUAUUGAUUAUAUCUGUAGCGAUGAACUUGUUAUCGGUAAAGAGGAGAUGGUUUUUGAGGCAGUCAUGCGCUGGGUCUACCGAGCUGUUGAUCUUCGAAGGCCGCUGUUGCAUGAGCUCCUGACACACGUCAGGCUCCCGCUCUUGCAUCCCAACUACUUUGUUCAGACAGUUGAGGUGGACCAGUUGAUCCAGAAUUCCCCUGAGUGUUACCAGUUGCUGCACGAAGCAAGACGGUACCACAUCCUUGGCAAUGAAAUGAUGUCCCCGAGGACUAGGCCACGCAGGUCUACUGGCUAUUCAGAGGUGAUCGUUGUGGUUGGGGGCUGUGAACGAGUUGGAGGAUUUAAUCUUCCAUACACUGAGUGCUAUGAUCCAGUAACAGGAGAAUGGAAGUCCUUGGCCAAGCUUCCAGAAUUUACCAAAUCAGAGUAUGCUGUCUGUGCACUAAGGAAUGAUAUUCUUGUUUCAGGUGGAAGAAUCAACAGCCGCGAUGUCUGGAUUUAUAACUCACAGCUAAAUAUCUGGAUCAGAGUUGCGUCUCUAAAUAAAGGCAGAUGGCGCCACAAAAUGGCUGUCCUCCUUGGUAAAGUAUACGUUGUCGGAGGCUAUGACGGGCAAAACAGACUUAGCAGUGUGGAGUGUUACGAUUCCUUUUCAAAUCGCUGGACGGAAGUUGCGCCCCUGAAGGAAGCAGUGAGCUCCCCUGCAGUGACCAGCUGUGUGGGGAAGUUGUUUGUGAUUGGCGGAGGGCCUGAUGACAACACCUGCUCCGAUAAGGUCCAAUCUUACGAUCCAGAAACCAAUUCUUGGCUACUUCGUGCAGCUAUCCCAAUUGCCAAGAGGUGCAUAACAGCCGUAUCUCUGAACAACCUGAUCUACGUGGCUGGGGGACUGACCAAGGCCGUGUAUUGUUACGACCCCGUGGAAGACUACUGGAUGCAUGUACAAAACACAUUCAGCCGACAGGAGAACUGUGGUAUGUCUGUGUGUAAUGGUAAGAUCUACAUCCUGGGUGGAAGACGGGAAAAUGGAGAAGCCACAGACACUAUCCUCUGUUACGACCCUGCGACAAGUAUCAUCACAGGGGUCGCAGCGAUGCCCAGACCAGUGUCGUAUCACGGCUGUGUGACUAUCCACAGAUACAACGAGAAAUGCUUUAAGCUCUAAACCCAGGGUACCUCACAUGAGAAGCCACACCAGUCCAAGAGGGAAGUUUAAAAACUACCAAGUGAGAAUACUUCUUUGUGCUGUACACAGAAAGAAAAAAAGAAAUAAAUAAUCCUGAUGCCUUUCUGCCCAAAAUACCGAUAUUUCAAGCUGUAAUCAAUCCUUUCCUGUAACUGGGGUGAGGGGUGUUAAAAUGAGGUGGUUAAAGCCUGGCAUAGUAGUGCACACCUUUAAUCCCAGCACCCAGAAGGCAAAGGCAGGAGGAUUCCUCUGAGUUUGAACCCAGCCUGAGCUGCAUAACAAGUUCUAGGUCAUCAAGGGCUACAAAAUAAGACCUUGUCUCCAAAAAAAAAUAAUACAUUGGCCUACGAAUAUACUUUUUCAUCUGUGAGAAACUGUGGGGUAGGAAAUGACACCCAGCUGUAAACUUCUUAGGGAUUUGUGAACUGUCUUUUAGGAAUGUUGAUUUCUUUUUUGUCAGUUAUGUAGAAAAAAAUUGUAUGACUGAAGCUUCAUUUAGAUUGAAUCACCUGAUGUUAAAAAUGUUUAGAAUUCAUUGUGAGGGGAAGAAAUAAGUUUUAAACAUCUCUGUCACUGACUUUAUCAUACUGAUUAAUUUCAGUGAAGGUGGUUUUCUUUCCUAAUUGUAAAAAUGUAGUAACAAUUCAGUUACCAUAAAAUACCAAAUUUUGUGACUUCAUAGACUGUUCUCUGUUAUUAAGUCCCUUUUGUGAGCUUAAGUAGGAGAUAUAAAAGUAAGGAGAUUUAAAUUAUAAUUAGUCCCUAAGGAAAAAAUUAAAUAGCUAUCGAAGAAAAAAAAUGUGAUACGCUUUGGUACUCAGGGUAUUUAAUGAAUCAUCUGUGAGUCUGCUACAGAAGUUUUCCCCUUAAAACUAACAGAGGAGUUGAAAUCCCUUUUACAGAGCCGGGAGGGAGUGCACAUCUGUAUCCAGGAUCUGGACCGUGCGUGCCUCAGAAGAAACCAUACUGGGACUGAAGAGAUGGCUCAGUGUUUAAGGACACUUACUGCUCUUGCAGAGAACCCUGGCUUGGCUCCCAUAUGAGAUGGUUCACAAAGGCCUGUAAUUCUAGUUCCAGGGAACCCAACACCCUCUCUCCUCUCUGGGAACCUCCAGGCAUGUGGUGCACAUAAAUUCACAUAGACACACAUAUGUACAUAAAAGAAAUAAAUCUAUAAAAAAAAAAAAAGUACAUUUGUAGUACUGCUAUAAGAAAAACAAGACCGGUUUGCUCCCUACGCAGCCCAGUGAGUUCAUCUUCUGGUCUGAUGCUUGGUCAGGUGCCUCUUCCCUGCCUGGUCAGCAUCUCUGGUCCUAGAGGCGCUCCUCUCAGUGGGGUCACUUGUUUGUAAGUUAGUGCUGAGCAGAAAUCUCUUACUUGGGAGCCAUUGUAUAAAAUAUUGAUCAACACUUUCAAAUUCCCAUUAAAAGUUUUUUCUCUAAGGGUUUUCACCUCCAUUUCCAGUUUUCAAAGGGAAAUGCCAGUUUUUUUCUUAGAAAUAUAAGUGGGUACAGCAGGAACUAGCAAACUGAUUAUAUCGUAACUUGUGUGUGGACAGAUAACGAUUUGCAAUCUGUAGGCCAUCCCAGGUGUUGGCGGUGUGUGACUUCCCAGUCACCAUUGUCUCUCACAAUACAAUAUACUCCUUGUCAGCAACUAUAGUGUUACUAGAUUUUGGUUAAAUUAAGGUGAUCAUCAAAAGCCCAACAAUGGCAAACUUCCUCCUCAUCUUAGAAUAAUACAGACAUUUCUUAAGAGUCGAUGCUUAAUUAGAAUCUAAAUUCUGAGAGAAAAAUGCUAGAAAAUACACUUGUGAAAUUGUUUUCAAGUCGUAAAUUUUAAAUUUUAAACAAUAUAACUGAUAAUUAUAGAAGCAGUUCAGAAAACAAUUAUCUGUCAAUUGAGAGACAGAUGUAUGUACACUUGGGUAUUUGUACUGUAAUUUUAUAGUAAAUACCUGCAUUAUACUUUUGUUAGAUAAUGGAAACGUUUUAAUUCAGAAAUUCUUAACAGUAAAGUGUGUGAACAAAAGUGUUUUGUAAAUGCUUAGGAUUCUACAAAUGAUCAUUGUUAUUCUCAUGUAUAUUUGUAAGAUCGUGUCCAUUCAUAAAUACAUCAUAUAAAAGACUUUCUCAGAGUAAAUUUGUAUUUCAGUAUUUUUGUCUAUUGUAAAAAUAUUAUCUACUUGUAUUUUGUAAUGUUUAUCUUUAAUAUAUCCUUGUGUUUAUUGUAGUAAAUUGGAAAAAAUGCUGAAAAAUCCCAAUUUGCUUAAAUCAAUUUUUCUUUAUGUAAUUUAAAACCACAUAAAUUGAGUAGUUGCAAAUUAUGUUAACAGUCACCAGAAAGUAUCUUGAGUCCUAGAAAAUUAACUUUUUAAAGCUGCCCAAUUGAUAUUUAACUUCUUUUAAUUACUUAUCGUUCUUAUAUUUUAACUUCCUUUAUUACUUAUCUUUCUUUGCUAAUUCUUGAUAAAUAGUGGUGGUAAGGCCUGGCUAAAAGAAAUAGUUUUAGGGUAUAAUUAGUAUAUUAAGAGGGAUGUAUCAACCAUCUUGGUGUCAUACCAUAUUCAUUCUGUCCUCCCAUGAUUGGCAGAGUUUCUUUUGGUAGGUGAUGCUUAUGUGCACCUCUAAGUUAUGUGUAUGUGUUCAUAUAGACUGUAUGGUUGUGUACAUAUAUCACAAAUACCCAGUGAUUUUUGCAGUUUCAUUGUCAGAAAUAGAUGUGAUAAAAAAAAAAUUAGUUGAUCGUGUUCUAUUCAAUUGCAGAAGACUAAAUUUGAACAUUUCUGGAGUACUCUUUGUUGUUGAGGCAGGAUCUCUGUAGCCUGUGCUAGCCUCAAACUCUUGGCAACUCUGCCUUCUGAGUGCUGCAGGCACAAAUGGAAGCCAGGACCAGCUUUCUAGAACAAUGAUUUCAUCUGGAAGUACAGAUCUGGUCAUGAGGAUCUGUGUAACAGCAGUGUUAAGGGCCAAAAAGCGAGCUGCUGGUAGAGAAGUCCACAAGAGCCUGUUGAGGUCAUCUCAGCAGGGAAGAACUUGAAGGUGUGUUUGUGGAUCAACAGAAAAUUACACUUGGGUUUUGUGUGCAUUUUUUUCAUGAACUUGAACCCUUUUCCAGCUCUUCUCCAUGUGUGUGAAAAGGUGGCCUGAAUUCCUCCUCUUCUUCUCUGCCAUCCCCACUGACUACUAACAGAUGAAUUGAAUUUUCCGUAGCUGUUUUCGUAGACGAUUGGGAUCCAGGUGUUUACUCCAUUUCAAUCAGGUUUAAAAAUACAUAAAUGCUCAGGGAGGAUGUGAGCUUGUCACUGCUGCCUGUUUGGGGUGUGUGCAAAGUGCUGUCUCGUAAAUACUAUUCACUUGACAACUCUAGACUAAAAUUCGUUCAGAAGCUUCACACAUGGCCGUAGUUGAACAUACGGUCUACUUAGGAUGACAGUGCUUCGUGCUGGUACAUUCUCUGGUGAGUAGGAAUUGUGUAUGUAUCUGCCGUCAGACUCCCAUUUGGAAAGACAAAGGCUGUCUUUUUACCUUUGUCCAUGUCCAACCCAGGUGUGUGCCACCUUUUCCUGAUCUGACAAUAGAUUUUAAAAUCACUUAGAGCCCCUGCACUGAGAGAGGAAGGAAGCUGUUAUCUGUAUGUUCCUCUAAUGUCUCUGGAUGUAGAUGUGAAAAGGAUACAUUCUCCAGACUUUUAUGUGGCACCACGUGAUAAGAUCAUGUCUAGAGGUUGCCUGUGGACCACCUUGUUUCCUAGUCAGUCCGAGACACCACUAGUUAACAUGAUUGGCCUUGCUAGCCUUAGUUGAGUUAGCUGAGUACGCCCGAGUCCAGCCUCCAGGAGGUGGGGGCUAGAGGAGCAGGAGAGUUCAAGGACAGCCAUGGCUACAUAGUCAGCUUGAGGCCAGACUUUGCCACGUGAAAUCUCAUGUCAGAAAUAAUCAUGGAAUGUUUGACAUUAUAUAGAAAGCUGGAAUCCUAUCACUUCACCCAUUAUUUUUGUUAGGUAAAUUAACAAUUCACUACACCACAUAACCAGAAUGAAGCAGUUUGGCUGACCUGUAAGACAGUAGAUGGGACUCUAUUCUUACAGCCACAUCUAAUGCCAGGCAUCAGACACCACUCCCAAGAGUGUAAACUGAUAAUGCCAGAGAUGCUUUCAAAAUACUUUAGACAUUUUAAAGCAUUGUGUUUUAAGCAGGCUGGAGAGAUGAUUUGGCAGUUAGGAACACCAGCCCUUCUGCUCCUGCAGGGAUCUGGGGGUAGGUCCAAGCACCUUCAUGGUGGCUCACAAGCGUCUGUAACUCAGUUCCUGGGGUUCCAAUACCCUCUGGCCUCCACAGGCACCAGGCACACAUACAGUGCACAUACAUUAUGUGCAAACACUCGUAGUACAGACCAUUCAUGCACAUCAAGAUAAAUGAAAACUAUUAAAAUAUUGUAUAUGAACCUUUUUACAUUUUUGUGAUUACCUUAAAUAUUAAGCUUACAUCAUGCUAAAGGUGAUCCUGAGUUUUAAAAAGUGAAUUCGUAACUUUAUGUAUCUUUCCAAAGAAGUUUUGUUGGAAUGUUUGUGCCUUAAGCUCCCCAGUGCACUUAAGUCUGAUAGAACUGGGCAUGCAUAAACUGCAAAUUUGCCUCCUAUGCAGUAAUGCGUGUCUUUUUUUUUUUUUUAGUUUUGUUAUUGAAACCGGAUUGGUUUUACCUUUUGAGUCAGGGUCCUCUAUAGCUCAGACUGGCCUAGAACCCUGUUUUCGCUAAAGAUGCUCUUAAACUCCAGUUGUUCUUUAUCUCCCAAGUUCUUGGAUUGGGUUCUUGUCUGUGGAUUGGUUGGUUGGUCGGUCGAUUUAAUGUAGCCCCAGCUGGCCUGGAACUCAGUACAUGGCCAGGCUGGCCUUGAGCAGCGGCAAUCCUCCUGCCUCUGUCCACCACACCCAUCUGUCCUGAAGUGCGUUUGUGAGUUCCAAGUGUGUUUGUUGUUGCUUGGCAGAAAGAAUGUUAAAUGAGAUUGUUGCUUGGUUUACAUUUUUAACUCUGGGUACCUAGGUGCUUUUAAAAUUCUCAGAUAAACACCCAUUAUGUUCUCAUAAAGGUCAUUUGAAAUAUCUAAUAGUGAAGAAACUAUGUGUAGUUAUUUCUGUUAUGUCCUUAUAUUAGUCAUUAGUUCUGCUCUAGACUUUUUCUUUUUUCUUGAGAAAGCACUUCCUCUUCCUUGUCACCCCCCUGCAGUGUGAGUUUCCAGAGCUCGAUAGGUAAGGCGUUCAGAACUGAACAACCAACCGUAAUGUGCUUUACUGUAAAGCCACACGCCUAUUGCUUUCGGUUUGAAUCUUCACAAUGACAAAAGGAUGUUUUCUGUGUUCUUCUCGGUUCCGUUGUAGUACAUUAAUGCUUAUGUUUUUGUUUAAUGGCACUUCUUCCAUAGCUUAAAUUUUUAAAAGUUGUAUCUAAUGUCUUUUAAAUAUUACUUGACUAUAUGGUUGCAUUAAAUUUUGUUUACCAAAAA